AUGGGCAAAGCAGAAACACCAGAGUGGGAGUCCGUCGAUGCGGAGGCUGCCGCCAGCGACACUGGCCUUCAGGACCAGCGUAAAGACGACCCACAUGGCGAUGUCAACAACGACCCAUUCGGAAACGAAGAAAAUGUCGAAGUCAAGUACCGUACUAUGAAAUGGUGGCAUUGUGGAAUGCUGAUGAUUGCUGUCAAUAUAUCGCUGGGGAUUCUUUCGCUUCCCUCCGCAGUUGCAACUCUGGGCAUAGCACCCACUGCGAUUUUAAUUGUUUUCCUCUCGGGUUUAUCCUGGUACACAGGAUACGUGAUCGGCCAGUUCAAACUUCGUCAUCCACACGUUCAUAGCAUGGGCGAUGCAGGUGAAAUUCUGAUGGGUCGAGUUGGCCGCGAGAUUCUUGGAAUCGGACAACUGCUGCUCCUAAUUUUCCUCAUGUCGAGCCAUUUGCUGACUUUCACCAUUCUUAUGAACACCCUCACUAUGCAUGGUACAUGCACGACAGUCUUUGGUGUUGUUGGACUUGUUGUUUGUUUCCUUGGUGCCCUUCCGCGGACUAUGGGAAAAGUGUACUGGAUGUCUGUCGCAUCCUUUUUGAGUAUUCUCAUAGCGACUAUAGUCACUAUGGUUUCGAUCGGCGUGGAGUCGAAUGGACCCGUUCAGAAUGAGGUCGUAAGAGAGACCAGCUUCUACAAGGGUUUUCUGGCUGUGACAAAUAUCAUAUUUGCAUACAUUGCCCACGCCACAUUUUUCGGGUUUGUCUCGGAAACUGAGGAUCCACGAACUUUCCCGAAAUCCCUUGCAAUGCUUCAAGUAGUUGAUACCGUGAUGUAUCUUGUCACCGCAAUGGUCAUAUAUCACUAUGCUGGCCCUGAUGUCAAAUCACCCGCUCUUUCAUCUGCAGGCCCCCUGAUGAAGAAGAUUUGCUAUGGCUUGGCUAUUCCAACGGUGAUUGUCUCGGGUGUGGUCGAAGGCCAUGUGGCCUCCAAGUACAUCUACGUGCGUGUCUUUCGGGGGUCGGACACUAUGCACCAACGCAGCUUCAAGGCAAUUGGGUCUUGGGUUGGAAUUGGACUCGGCGUUUGGACCGUGGCAUGGAUUAUCGCAGAGUCUAUUCCGGUCUUCAAUGAUCUACUCAGCCUCAUUAGUUCCCUAUUUGGGAGCAUGCUUUGCUAUGCAUUCCCCACGCUUUUCUGGCUUCACAUGAACCGAGGCCAGUACUUUUCAACUCUUUCAAAGGGCUUCUUGACAAUCUGCAAUUUGAGCAUUCUGGCUAUAGCCUUCGCAAUGGUAAUAUUGCAAUCAAACGCUGCAGAUGAUGGUCUUUACUUACGUUUUUUAUAG